AUGGGGAGUGCAUUUUGCAGAUUGAUAAUUGGCAUUGACCUAAAGGAUACAAGUGACCCAGAUGACCUUAAUCCUACCGUAGGUUCAGUGUUGUUCCAAGAUGGACAAGAUAAUGGAACAUUAACUCUUCGCAUAUUAACAGACAGGAUACCUGAGAAUGAUGAAACUUUUCAAAUAAGACUACUAGAAGCAACGGGUGGAGCAAAAUUAGAUGAAGCAAAAUCAACACUAACUGUAAUUAUAUUGAAAAAUGAUAGUCCUCUACGAUUCUCACAAACAUUUUAUAUGUUUGAAGAGGAUGCUGGUACUGUUUCUGUUGAUGUUCACCGAGGCCUUUCAGCUGAUGGUGUCACACAGCUAGGCUCAGAUGAAGGCACUGUUGUUGUAGACUAUUUUAUGGUCUCUAGCUCUGGAAAGCUAGGACUAGAUGCCUUAGCAUCAAAUGGUAGCUUGACUUUUUCCCCGAGGGAAUACACAAAGACAAUAUUUAUUACUAUUUUAUCGGAUGAUAUCCCAGAAAUUGGGGAAACCUUCAAUGUACACCUUGCCAACCCAAGCUCAAAUGCAGUAUUAGCUGAGCCGUCUAUUGCUACUGUUAUAAUUUUGGGGAAUGAUGAUCAAAACGGGGUGCUUUCACUUCAAGAUUCAUCCCGAUUUGUGACUGCUGCUGAAGGCACCGGCAUCAAUUCAGACUUUGUUGUCCAGAGGGUUGGUGGAACAUUUGGAAAUGUCAGCAUAGAUUAUGAGAUUGUUAGAAAUGAUUCAAAUUCAAACUCUGUUACUGAUGACUUGACUCCUGCCAGUGGCACUGUCUACUUUAUGGAAGGUCAGGCAACUUCUGCAAUCACAAUAACUAUUAAUGAUGACAGCAUUCCGGAAGAGGCUGAGAGAUACGCUGUUAGGAUUCUUCCAUUUACAGUAACAGGUGGAGCAAGGGUGAGUGGGCCAACAGAAGGCCAGCUCCUAUUGGUCGAUAGUGAUGAUGCAUAUGGUGUUAUCCAGUUUUCAUCAGAUAAUGACCAAAGCAUUGAUACCUCGGAAUCUCCAAGAAAACUUAAGUUAACCCUGACAAGAGGUGGAGGUCUCAUUGGAAAUAUUUUAGUCAACUUUACCGUGACGUAUGACCUACCAUCUGAGGAAGUAUCGGCAAUAGGAACUGAAGAUGUUUUGGAUCUUGGACCAGGAACCAGCACGGUCUUUCCUCAAGAUCUCUCCAUCCAUAGAAUAUCAAUUAAUAUUCGGAACAAUGCAUUUCUGAGUGUCGAUGCAGUGUUCACUGCUGCCAUACAAGAAGUAAGCCUUCACAACUAUGACACAGUAUUUCAGCCAUCCAGUCCACGUAUUGGAGAAAAAAGCGUUGUAGCUUUGGAACUGUCAACUGCAGAAGCCAAUGGUGAGGUUGGAUUUGACCAGGAGAGCCUCAAACUUGAGGUUCAGGAACCAGAUGGAGAUACACCUGCACAAAUUCGAUUGAAUGUUACAAGGGAAGGUACAUCCGGAUAUGUGUCGCUUCUUUGGCGUAUAUCAGAAGUCGGUGUGAACUCCUCCAUGAGGAUUUAUGACUUGUUCCCAACAUCUGGAACAGUCUACAUGCUACCAGGGUUUGCCAGGGGAUACAUCAACAUUCAAAUACUUUCUGAUGAUGUACCUGAACUUGAAGAGAAAUACCAGGUGGAUUUAUACAGUAUUAUUCCUGAGAACCAAAGACUCAAGGAGGGAUAUGUGACUGCAGAAAUCACUGUUCUUGAAAACGAUGCCCCGGGGGGUGUGUUUGAGUUUGCUUCUUUCUCUUCUGGACCAUUUGUAACAACAGAAGCAUAUCAGGUCAUUCGUGUCUCAAUCAUUCGAACGGGCUCAUCUCUGGCAACACGCCAAGUAAUGUACUCUAUGUUUGAUUCUUCAGGAGAAUCAAAUAUUGUUGAUUUUUUUAAUGUGCCUAAUUUCAUCACAUUUCAACCUGGUGAAAUUAUGAAAAACAUUUCAUUCGUUGCAAACUCUGAUAACAUUCCUGAGUUGGAUGAAAUAUUUGACCUCCGACUUGAAAGUUAUGGUUCACCGCCAAGUGACCUUGGAGAACGGACGAAUAUUAUGGUAACAAUUCUAGAAAAUGAUGACCCAUACGGUGUUUUCCAAUUUGAGCAAUCUCCAACAAUUAUUUAUAUUGAUGAGAGCAAAGGAACUCCGCAAGUAGCUGCUUAUUUUCCUGUAGAGCGUACACAAGGAACCUUCGAGACUGUGACUGUAUCAUGGAUAGUUUCUCCUCAAAUGUCGCCCAUUGAUGUUUAUCCAGUGAACGGAUCAUUGACGUUUCUUGAGGGUGAAUCACUUUCUUACAUUGAAAUCUUUUCCCAAGAUGAUCAAGUUCCAGAAGGAUCAGAACAGUUCACUGUCACUUUGUAUGAUGCUACUGGUGGUAGCAGGAUUGGCAUAAAUUCAAUAGCAUUUCUCAACAUCAACAAAAACGAUGAUGCAAUUUUCUUUGAAGAUCCUGUACUAGUAGAAGCAGAAGAGCCGAGCAAUGUUGUUCUCAGUGUGAGGCGCAAUGGUACUGCUACAGAUGUUGUGUCUGUCGACUAUCGAACAGUUAGCAUCACCGCUCUUGAUGAACGCCAAGACUACGAGGCAGCUCAGGGAACUUUGACCUUUCCUAUAGGAAUUAAUGUGCAGACAAUAUCAUUGACAAUCCUUCAGGAUGAUAACCCAGAAGAGGCUGAGAUAUUUACUGUGGAACUCUUUAAUCCUGUUGGUGAUGUUGUUGUGUAUGGUGCACCUGUGGCAACCGUUUCCAUAGUUCCAAAUGAUGAUGCAAGCGGUAUCUUCAGCUUCAGUCAACCGCUAUCGCAGACAGCACAAAGUGAAGGCACAACUGUAGACUUCUUUGUCCAACGAGAAAGGGGAUUUUAUGGAGUCGUACAAGUGUACUGGAUGAUAGUCCACAAUGGUACUGAUGAUAAGGUCAUUAAUGGUCAAGAGUUUGUGAAUGUUGAGGGUGUCCUUGAAUUUGCUGACCGUCAAUCGCAACAAGUCCUAAGUAUCCAAGUUUUGGCAGAUUCCAUUCCUGAGUUCACAGAGUAUUAUGAAGUGAAGCUUGUAAAUGUAUCAGGUGGAUUUCCAAAUGAUAAACCAAAGCUGUCAGAGACAGGUCCUAUGUCAGUGGUCAUUAAAAUCCUGCCAAAUGAUGAUCCAUUUGGAGUCUUAAGGUUCCCCUCAGACUCGCGUGAAAGAGAUGUUGCCGAAGACUUUUAUCCAGGAGAUGAAGCGAUAACAAAAACAAACUUUACUGUUGUCAGGGGUCAGGGACUAUUCUCAAAUGUUGGGGCAUUAUGGGAAGUGUUUACAGACUCAAUAUCUGGUGGACUGCCUGAAGUGAUUGACUUGCUGUUUGUGGGUGAACAUUUGUCUGCUAGUGGAGUUCAGUCUGUCCCGGAGCAACGGCGCCCACACACAGGAACCAGUGUAUUUUCAUUUUCAGGAGGAACUGGUUCUUACCUCUCAGUGCCUGCUGAGUACCAACCCCCUCCUGCUGAAAUUUCCUCAGGGUUCUCCAUCAGUGCCUGGGUAAAGCCUACCUCUGACUGUAAUGGAUUCAUUGUCAGCAAAGUAUCGGCUGCUGACAACAUUAAGAUGUAUUAUGGUCUGAAGCUGGAAAUUCAAAGUUCAACAUCAGUAUAUAUAGAAUUCAGAUACUCAACUGACAGUUCUGUGAAUUUAUCAGCCGGUGCAAUAUUCAGCGGUCUAAUGUUGACUGAUGACCAGUGGCAUCAGAUCAUUGCUGUCAUUGGCAACCUGCAGGUCCAGUUUUUUGUUGAUGGUCAGCUAGAAGCAGACCUGAAUCUUAGCGAUGUAAAUGAUGAUGGUGUUGGCCUGAUGUAUGUUGGUGCUAGACUCCCAUCUAGCAACAGGUACAAAGGAUUACUACAAGAUGUCAGGUUAUACAGCAGGAGACUAACGAUGAAUGAAAUUAGUGAAAUUUGGAACAAUCCUGCAACCAAAGAUGUAACACCCAUCUCAGGGUAUGUGACAUUUAACUCAGGGGAGAGUGUACAACAAAUCCGUAUAUCCUCUAUCCAGGACACAGAAGAGGAAGGUAAUGAAGUAUUCACUGUCAACCUCCUCACAGUGAAUGGUGGAGCAAGGCUAGACUCCGAUGACACCACUGCUAUUCUUACUGUUCUGAAAAGUGAUAAUGCAAAUGGAUUGUUUGGUUUUGAUGGUCCUUGUCGUCUCUCAACAUCUGAUCCACUCUCUGCUGAAUCCAUAACAUACACUUGUCCAGUGAUGCGCAGUCGUGGGGACGAGGGUGUUGUCUCAAUCCCAUGGGAAGUACAGAACCUUUUUACGGGAGAUGCUACAAGUGACUUCAUAAAUGCAUCCGGGGUGUUGGUCUUUGAAAAUGGUGUCCGAGAGAUGGAAAUUAUUAUUGUUGCCGUUGAAGACUUAGUACCAGAACUUGCUGAAGACUUCACUGUUAAGCUUAUUACACGUCAUCCAAUGUCUGAUGAUGGCAUCGUUGGAUCAACUGACACAAGUGGAGCAAGUAUCGAUCCAGAAAACUUGGAAAACAACCUCACGCUUGCGUUGAACGACUUUCCUUAUGGACUGCUCCAGUUUGCCGUUGGUUCUCCACCAGAUGCUGGAGACCCACUGAUUCCACCAGAGGAAGAUAUUGUCAGAGUAUCAGUGCAAGAGGAUGCUGGGUUCAUCCAGCUGCUGGUAGUGAGGGCACAAGGACUGCUUGGACCUGUUACCGUUGAAUGGAGUACUCUGGACGGAACUGCUGUGUCUGCUGGCAAAGAUCCUAUUGACUUUAUUGGUGCUGGAGGUACAUUAACAUUCGAGGAUCAGCAACGGUAUGCUUACAUCAACGUCACUAUCGUUGACAACAACAUCCCUGAACUAGAGAAAACCUUUCGAGUCCAGCUAUCAAACCCGACAGGGGGAGAUGCUGAUCUUGAUAUUGGCUCAACGGUGGAAGUAACGAUUGAGAAUUCCGAUGAAGCCUAUGGAUUGUUUGAAUUUGCUGAAAAUUCACUUGAUGUGACCGUCAGUGAAAUGGAGUCCGCGGCGUUUCAGGUAAUCAGAACGGGCGGUGCUCUUGGGGUAUCUGUUGUCUUCUGGAAUGUAACCCCUGACCCAUCAUCUCCAGCAGCAAGUAACAGCACAGAUCUUUUGGAAUAUGAAGGUAAUGUUACAUUCAGUGUUGAAGAGAGAGCAACAGUCAUUGAGCUACAACCAGUGCCUGAUCAGAUUCCUGAGCUCGAUGAAAUGUUCUAUGUCAACCUAAUUUCUGUAAGUGAUGGUGAUCUUGGUGAAAGUCAGUUUCUGGUAGCCAAACUGACCAUCACGGCAAGUGAUGAUCCAUACGGCAGAUUUGUCUUCGAUCAAGAGUCACUACAGGUGGUUCAAAUUGAGGCGAACCAAAACAUUACUUUAAAGAUAAUCCGUGAAGCUGGAUCUGUUGGUAGUGUCCGUGUUUUUUACUCCUCGUUAAGAGAUGAUGAGGAACUUCCUAACAUGCCAUCAUUCAUAAGUCGUGCGUCUGAAGGUAUAGAUUUCCAGGCAAACCAAGGGUCAAUGAUUUUCACAGACGGUCAACGUGAAGGAUCGGUUACGGUCACAAUACUAGAUGAUAACCUACCUGAAACAGAAGAGACAAUGUUCAUCUACAUUACAAGAGUCACUCUCCUGGAAUCACCUCAGACCGCACCUGUCACUGAUUCACCCAGCAUUGGUGAUGGAAGCAUUGCGGAAGUGGUGAUUCCUGCCAAUGACAAUGCUAAUGGCAUUCUUCAAUUGUCAGCGAGUGAGAUUACAGUCUCAGAGGACUUUUCUGGACCAUUCAUCAACAUCACUAGGACUGCAGGCUCGUUCGGUCAGAUUUCUAUCAGCUUUGAAACAAAUCCAGAUUCAGCCCAGCGAGGUCUUGACUACAGCAUUACAUCGACAAAUGUGGUGUUUCUUGAAGGUGAGACAACAAAGGCAUUACCAGUUGAGAUCCUUAAUGAUCCUGUGCCAGAAAUUGAGGAACAAUUUGAGAUCAUUCUUUUGAAUGAAAUCACUGGAGGGGCUGCUCUUGGAUCACCCAGUAGAUGCGCUGUCACUAUCACUCCUUCAGAUGAUCCCAAUGGAAAAUUUGGCUUUGGACAAUCUCACUUAGAGGUCAAUGAACCAGAAGGAGAUGAUAUGACAGAACUCACAAUAAGUGUCAUCCGUAGUGCUGGUGACAUCGGAGUUGUUGCCGUCACAUGGCAAGCCACUAUUAAUGGUGAGCUUGCUGUUGAUGAUGUGUUUCCUACUGGAGGAACUCUCUACUUCUUGUCAACACACAAAUUUGGAACCUUUAAAAUAAAUAUUCUUCCUGAUGAUAUACCGGAGGAAACUGAGGAUAUAAUUCUGACGAUUGUUAGUGCAGACGGAGGCGGCUCCAUUGGCAGCCAAUCGACUGCCGUGAUUUCCAUCAGUGCUAAUGAUAAUCCGCAUGGAAUGGUGGAAUUUAGUAAUGCUGUGAAUCCAGUAGCGGAAGACCUCUAUGGGAAUAGUAUUACUAAUAUUGAACUUAUCAGACGUGGUGGUCUCUUCGGUGAGCUUGAGAUUGUGUACAGCAGUGAACCACUUGAUGUAGUCCAAGAAGCCUACCAAUCUGGCCUAGAUCCAACUGACUACUACCAUGCACCAAUCCAAGGCUCACAGAUGGGUAUUUCAAAGACUGUGCUAGAUGUCUCAAGGGCCUCAAGCCCCCUGACUAUGUGUGUUGAGUUCUGCCUGAGGGAGAGAGCAUGCGCCGCCCUGGAGUUCAAAGAGAUAAAUGCCACGGUCAGCUGCUUGUGGUCAGUGACAUCGGAUGGAGAUAAUAUUGAUUCAGGAUCUGGGUUCACACUGUAUAUCAAAGAUGUCUCGAAGGCUCAGUUGUUGUACGACUCUGUGGCUCAACCAGGAGUAGACUACAGUCCAGUUAUGAGUCGCAUUGUACGCAUACCUGAUGGAGCUGGCACAGGAACAGUGACUGUUACAAUACUCGAUGAUGCAAUACCAGAGAUGGCAGAAUCAUUCAAGUUGAGGCUGGACAGUGUCAGAUUAGUUGGCAGCACACCAUCAACCCAGAACGAGCCAACUCUAGGACCACAGUCUGAGACACGUCUUGUCAUAGAGACCAACGAUGAUGCCAACGGUGUGUGGCGUAUCUAUAGCAAUAGUCCGGAUGCAACUGAUAAUGGCCAAACCCUUUUGGUAGAGGAAAGAAAUGGAAUAUCAGUUGGAGUGGAGUUGACUGUAGAGAGAAUGGGAGGAACUAUAGGUGAUGUAAUGGUGUCUUGGCAGGCAGCUGAUGGAGGCUCUGCUGAUAUGGAAGAUGACUUCAUUGCCAGCGGUGGCACACUUUCUUUCGCCAGUGGAGAGAGUCGACGAGUUAUCAGUAUCAGCAUCAGAGAUGAUGUCAUCCCAGAGGUAGAUGAGAAUGUUGUGAUAGAACUGUAUGAUCCUCAAGGGGGCAGUGUUCUAGGAGCUGAUAGUUCUGUUACCAUAGUGAUAGCUUCUAAUGAUUUUGUUGCUGGAACUUUGAAGUUUGCUACUCUAUCCUAUAUUGUCGCUGAAGGAGAAACCUUCAAUGUCACAAUUGAACGUACCUUGCCAGCUGUUGGCCUGGUGUCAGUCGAUUGGCAAAUUCAAGGAACUGGUGAACUGGAUCCUUCUCAAAGUUUCCGUAACAUUGCUGGCAAGGUUUCCUUUGGUCAGGGUCAGCUUGGACAAGUCAUUUCAUUGUAUGCUCUCCCUGAUGAAACCCCAGAGGUUAAUGAAGAGUUUGUUAUUGUUCUUUCCGGUGUUGAGACAGAAGGUGUGUCUUCUACUGGUGCUGCUGAGCUUGAUCCACAAGGUUCAGUUGCUAGCAUCACUAUCAGUGCAAGCGAUGAGCCGCAUGGUGUCUUCAGCUUUGCUCAAGGUUCAGAUGAGAUCACUGUAUCUGAGGAUCAACAAACUGUUCAGCUGUUUGUCGAUAGGAAGUUUGGCAACAUAGGGGCGGUUCGUGUUUUCUAUGAAGUUCUUGAGGGUUCAUUGACACUUAACCCUCUGCCAUCUCUAAAUCAAGCUCUGUUUGGUCAAGACUUCAGUAAUGGCAUUGAAUACAUUGAUUUUGGAGAUGGUGUAGGUGACAUGGCCAUUACUGUGCAGAUUUUACAGGAUGAGAUCCCUGAGCUUGAUGAGAAGUUCUUGGUGAACCUGACGUCCGUAGAACUCCUGGAUCCAUCAACCACUAACACACCACCUGCACUUGAUCAAGUUGGAACAAUAGCAGAAGUAACCAUAGGAGCUAAUGAUGGCACUCAAGGUGUUGUUAUGUUUGCUGGUGACUCCCAAAGCGUCUCAAUUGAAGAAGGUGUAACCAAUGUAACACUGACUGUAAAACGAGACAAAGGGACAUACGGUGAUGUUACAGUCUUCAUAUACAGCCAGCCUUUGGAUUCUACUCGCGGCAGUGACUACAGCUUUACAGACAAGGUCCUGUAUUUUGCCAGUGGUGAGGCCCAAAAGACAGUGACUGUACAUAUCUUUGAGGAUGUAACUCCAGAGGAUAAUGAAUCAUUUGAGAUUAUUCUUGGUAAUCCAAAUGGUGGCCUAGAGAUUGGAGAACCUAGGAAAGCUGUGAUAACAAUCUUAGCCAAUGAUAAUGCGUACGGUAUUGUGUCGUUUACUGGGCCCACAACUAUCACUAUUUUGGAGCCCACAGACAUCAGCACAGCCAACAGCGUGGCGCAGUUUGCUGUAGUACGGGAACAAGGUACAUUUGGUGAGAUACAAGUACCAUUCCAAGUCCUGCAGAUGGAUGGGCAAUCCGCCGUUAGUGAUUUAAAUCCUGCAACAGGAUUUGUCAUCUUCACACCUGGAAUUUCUACCACGGUGCUGCAUGUAUCAGCCGUGCUUGACAAUGAUCCAGAGUUACAGGAGCAAUUCCUGGUUAAACUUCUACCACCAACUGGGGGCGCUAUUUUGGGUACAACAGUAAAUGCUACCAUUAUUGUUGCAGACAAUGAUUCUCCUUAUGGCUUGCUACAGAUAUUUCCACAAGGUUCAAGUUCAAGUAGUGUUGACAUUGAAGAAACAGGACAGCCUACUUACCUGACAGUUGAAAGAUCAUUUGGGACAUUGAAUGAGAUUACAGUCGACUGGCAGACCAUACCAGGGACAGCCAUUGCUUCUGUUGGUACCAGUUUGACCCUAGCAGCUUCUCAGAGAAUCAUUGCAAUGGCCGCUCAAGGUUUUCACAGCUUCGCUAUAGGGUCUGAAGUAUUCCUUGUGUUGACCAGUAGUAGACGACUUGGAGAGUUGACAACAGGUCUAAGCAGUGAUGGAUCAUCUGGUUCAGUUAACGCUACACCUGUCAUGGACUCUAUGAUGUAUCGAUGGCAGGGUGUCUUUGUUCCAGUGCAGACAAUAGAAACCAACAGUGCACGCAAGAGUUCCAGUCAUGUGAUCAACGGCAAAACAUACUUGGUUGUUGCCAACCAUGGUUGGUUCCGAAAUGUUCAGACAUCCUCACGAUUGUACCGGGUUGAGUCAAAUGGUACACUAGUAGUGAUACAAGAUAUCUUGACAAUGGGAGCUUCAGAUGCUGUUUUCUUCACAAGUGGUUCUGACACUUAUUUAUUUAUCACAAAUGAAAUCAACAACAUCCAAGAAACUAGUAUCAACUCAGUUUUAUUGAUUUGGAAUGGUGCGAUGUUUACCACACAACAAGAAGUCCCAACAUCUGGCGCACUUGAUGCGGUAACAUUCAAGAUUGGUGGGGAUCAGUUUGUUGCCGUGGCAAACUCCUACGACCAGGUGCUUGGAACGACACAGAUCAAGUCCACUGUGUUCCAGCUUCAGAGUGGUGAACUGGUGGAGUAUCAGUCAAUUGACACCAACGGAGCAGUCGCUGUAGAGAGCUUUGUGAUUGGCUCAAGUUCAUACCUUGUAAUAGCCAAUAGCAGAAGCAGUGAUGAAAGUGUAGAAGUAACAUCAGUUAUCUACAAGUGGAACAUUGCCAAUGCACAGUUUGCUCAUCAUCAGUCUAUACCGACCCCAGGUGUACAGAGCAUUAAGCACUACACCGGCCUAGAUGGUACAGCCCACCUGGUUGUAGCGCAGCUAGAAGGUGACUCAACCGUCUGGGCUUGGAAUUCCUUUGCCCUGUCAUUCACCAAUGUUGCCAAGGCACCUGUGUCGCAUGAUUUAGAGCCUAUUUUGAUUAGCAGUACUGCUGGCGCUGUUGACUUGUACAUUGCCUCUGCAAAUUAUGGCGAUGGUUCGACUGCUUUGGAGUCUUUUAUAUAUGAAGCUGUCUCUAUUUCUGCUGAUUCUGAUUUUGUACCAAGGUCGGGACAACUGACUUUUGAAGACGGUCAGACUGAGCUGACUAUUGCUGUGGUAGCAACUGAUGAUACUGAUCCAGAAAAUGAUGAAAGAUUCAGUGUUGCGCUUAGCAACCCUACAGGUGGCGCAAUAAUUGGUUCACAAGGUCAGGUGACCGUGAACAUCUUGUCCAAUGACGAUGCACAUGGAUUGAUUGCCUUUACUCAGGACUCAUUAGAGAAGCAAGUAAGUGAACUGAAUGUUGACAAUGUUGUCGUCUUGAAUGUGGAGAGACAACAUGGAUCAGCUGGUCUGGUUGUUAUUGAAUGGCAGGCUAGCGGUGACAACGAUGCCAAUGACAUAUCACCACAAUCAGGACAGAUUGAAUUCCGUGAUGGUGUUUCUUCUGCUGCCAUUGUCAUCACCAUCAAAGCAGACAGCACGCCGGAACUAGAUGAGACCGUCUUCAUCUCUUUGGUACGUGUGGUCAACCCAGGCACACCGCACUCUGAUCGUGGUGCUGUGAUCAGUUCAACAGACUACACAGCUAGGAUGAUCAUCCUGGCCAAUGAUUCACCGCAUGGUGUGUUUGCCUGGUCACUUGGAUCUCUGUUUACUUCCGUACCUGAACCUGAAGGCCAUACCUCUGUCACCAUUGGACUUCAGGUCAUCAGGGAGCAGGGAGUGCAGGGAACAGUCCUGGUGAGAUAUAGUACUUUUGAAGCAAUUGGUCUACCACUUGCUCAGCAAGCAAAGAGUGACCGUGAUUAUGUUUCUCGAGAAGGCUAUGUAACCAUGGGAGAUGGAGUUUCAUCCGAUUCAGUCACUAUCACCAUUCUAUCGGACACUGAUGCUGAAGGACCGGAAACAUUCUUUGUGAAUCUGACAUCAGUAGAAUUACUAACAGGGAGUCCUAUAAGUGGAGCACCCCCUAGUGUCAAGAAGGAUCAGAAUGUGGCAGAGGUCAUAAUUCCACAGAAUGACAAUGCUAAUGGAAUCUUACAGUUUAGUGUCAUGCGAAACUCUGCGAACCAGGUGGAAGUGUAUGAAGGAUCUGGAACAAGUGGCAUUUUGACGCUACCUGUGGUUCGCUCAGCGGGCACUUUUAAUAUUGUUGGGGUCAGCUGGCUAGCGUUUUCCGCGUCAGCCACUACUGCAGACUACUCACCUGUGUCUGGUAACAUCACAUUUGCUGAGGGCCAACAGGAAGCAGUUAUUGAUAUCUCAAUUAUUGAUGACAAUGUUUAUGAAACUGAUGAGUUGUUUACUGUCCAAUUAAAUAGCCCAAGAGGGGGUGCUGUUCUUGGAAGUGAUACGUUUGUAACUAUUAAGAUCCUGAAGAACGAUUCUCCAAAAGGCUUAUUUGGGUUCACAAACACACAGGCAACAGUUGCAGAGUCCACAACUAGCACCGAUGCUAAUGGGCUUAUUACCAUCACUGUUGAACGCACACAAGGUCAGCAAGGGAUCGUUGACGUAGUAUGGGAGCUGGAUGCAUCAGGGUUUGAUGACAUCACACCUAGUAGCGGAACACUUACUUUCCCAGAUGGUGUAACAAGUCAGUCUUUCACACUGCGAGCAGUUGCUGACAAUGUUUUAGAAGGAGAGGAAAGGUUCAUGGUUAUUAUCACUUCGGUAACGGAUGAUGCUGAAAUUUCACCUGUCAAUGGUAUUCUGACGAUUAUUGUCCAAGCCAAUCCAGGGUCAGCUGGGCUGGUAUCCAUCCAACCUCAAUCAAGACAAGUCCUCAUUGGUGAGCCUCAGUCAGUGUACGAUGGCUCAGCUAUUGUAAGCUUGACACGUGGAAAUGGUAUAUUUGGUGAGAUUAUGGUAAAUUGGCAACUAGAUCCGCGAGAUGCCAGUGUGUUUGCUCAAACAUUUGGUUCUGUUGUAUUUAGUGACGGUCAGCGUGAUGCUACCAUUGUGCUACAGACUUUGGAUGAUCAGACACCUGAGUUGAAACGAGUGUUCACUCUCCGUCUGUCAUCUGUUGUGGGUGGAGCUACCAUUGAUGCAGGCAAUGCUGAUGAGGCAAGCAUUACUGUUGUUGCCAGUGACAACCCGCAUGGUGUUUUUGAAUUCUCAGGUCAACAGGAAGUAGUUGUGUCAGAGGACAGCCUACAGGUGACAUUAGAAGUUGUUCGUAAUGCAGGCAGUAUUGGUAUUGCCCGAGUAAUUUACACAACUAUACCAGGCACAGCAUCAGAGAUUCAAGAUUUUAACCCGGCUUCAGGGUUCCUUACCUUCAACGAUGGGGUGGAUACACAGAGCAUUGUCAUCAACCUGCAACCUGAUGAUGUACCUGAAGGGCCAGAGACUUUCCAUGUUAAUCUCACCUCUGUCCAACUACUUUCACCAAGUGGUAAUGACUACAGCAUCCAAGAUGGCCUUCAACUUGAUAUGCCUCCGGUUCUUGGUGAUUUAUCUGUGAAGACGGUGAUCAUCGAGAAGAAUGACAAUGCAGAAGGGGUGAUUGAGUUUGCUCCUGAAGCACUGGUGUUUGUAGUGCAAGAAAGCGUUGGUACAGCAAUGGUACCUGUGAUAAGGACCCAGGGAACCUUUGGUAUAGUGAGUGUUGGAUUCACGUCAGUUGGGGGCAGUGCCACUCCAAAUGGUGUUGACUACAUCCUAACUGAUGGUGAGGCAAUAUUUCUUGAUGGAGAAUCUACCGCUUACAUUAACGUCAACAUAAUUGAUGACCAAAUUAAAGAGUUUGCUGAAUCAUUUGAGAUUAGGCUUACACAGGCUGAAGGAGGCGCAACCUUAGGCCAAUAUUUGACAGCAACUGUGACGAUAGCAAAAAGUGAUGGACCUGAUGGUUUGAUUGGGUUUGUGCCAUCAGAUUUGUCACGGAUCAUACCAAAUCCAUCUUUGAAUCGAGAAGUGGUGUUCACAGUAGAGUUGUCUGGUGGAAUCGAUCAAUAUCUGACUGGAACAGAGGUGAAGUGGAGAAUCCUAGGCCCCAAUUCUGAUUCAGUUCUCCAACAAACAAAUGACAUCUCAACAUCAACUGGCCAGCUUCAAGGUUCACUGAACUUUGCUCGAGGAGAGAGGGCAGCAAGGAGUUUCACCCUAGUUGUGAAGCCAUAUCCUGGACCAGAGGUAGAGGAAACCUACACUGUAGAGGUCUACCAAUUGGUUGGUGCUGGUGAAGUCAACACCGAGAGCUCCAGAGCUCAGCUUAAGAUUCUGAAGUUUGGAGACCCUAAUGGCAUUGUGCAAUUCUAUGCCGACUCACUGCAAACUCGCUCAUUCAGCGAACCGGCGGACAGCGCCGGAAGCUCCCGUGUAGUGUUUCCAAUCAGACGACGAGACGGAACAAUUGGCGAUAUUCUGGUACAUUGGGAUGUUAGAAAUACUGUUGGUGAUAUUUCUACUGAUGUGUCGCCCUCUAAUGGCUCAGUUGAAAUUCUUGAUGGAAUAGCCUCUUCGCAGAUAACUAUUAACAUUCUUGCUGACCAGGAACCUGAACUAAGAGAAGAACUAAAUGUGAUCUUGCAGUCUGUAGAUGGUGGUGCUGAAAUCGACCCUGAUUUCAAUGUUUCAACCUUCUUUAUUGACCCUAGUGAUGACCCCCAUGGUUUGUUCAGUGUUGAGGAUGAACUCCAGGCUGUGUCCAUGAGAGCUGAUGGUACAAGGUUCCUCAGUAUUAUGAUUACACGUUCUGCUGGUACUGAGGGUCAAGUGCAGGUUGAUUUCACGCUUAGUUAUGACCAGGCUGAGCCAGGAAUUGAAUAUAUCAGAGACACUGCCACUGUAGUCUGUGCAAAUAGCCAAUCAGAGUGUACAGCUGAAAUCCAAUUAGUCAGUAACAAUGUGUUCCUGGCUCGUGACAGCUCAUUCACCAUUACAUUGACAUCAGUGAUCUAUAGUGGAGUCCCUUACAUUCCUCCUAGGAUAAAGCCUGGUGCAGGCUCAGCCACUAUCUUUGUUACACAAGAAGUGGCAAACUCAUAUGUUGGAUUUGAUCCAACUGCAACUGAUGUGAACGAAGAGACAUACCAAACUCUACUCACCAUUGAGAGAAUCGGUUCCUAUGGCAGCAUGAGUGUGUCAUGGACUGCUGGCUACCCACCUGGACAACUACCACCUGGAUUUACUCCAGGUAGCAUCAUCCCUAGCAAUGGCCAGGUGCUGUUUGAUGAUGGACAAGCACUGGAAACAAUAUCUAUACGGCUUAAUCCAUCCACCUCUACCACUGAACUGUUUGCGGUGUUUCUGAACAUGAUUGACACCUCUGUAGAUGGAGGCGCUCGUCUACAAGAUAAUUACAUCACAGCUGAGAUUGACAAGUAUGGUGUUGUUGGAUUUGCUGCUGAUUCCCAGUCAGUUUCUGUUACUGAAGUAAAUGGUCAGAUUUCAUUAACACUGGAGAGGAGUCUUGGAACCUUUGACAACAUCCUGGUUCGUUAUGUUACAUACGCCCUCACUGCUGUGCCUGGCGAAGACUACCAGGAGAUUGUUGAUGGUGCUGUUACACUCGGCAACAUGGAGCGCACUGCAAAAAUCUUUAUCACAUUACUGGAGGAGGAGAAGCCUGAACUGCCAGAGAUGUUCUUUGUCAACAUCACCAGUACAAAAAUUUCAACUGCUUCUACAUCAGGUCUUAGUCCACGGAUCAGUUCACUGUACCCCGUUGCUGAGGUAACAAUAGAGGCCAGUAAUGAUCCGUAUGGAGUCAUCUACUUAAGGCCAAAAUCUGUGGAGACAACAGAAAGCAUCGAUGGCUCCUUUAAGUUAGUAACCCUCAAGGCCAUCAGAGCAGGUGGCACUUUCACCGAAGAACGUAUCACUGUUAGGACAGUCGGUGGAGGCGAGAUGUGGGAAGAUGCAUUGAUUGGUCCACCGGCAGAUACCAUCAAUACGAUAAGUGAUGCCUUGGCAGAUGCUAAGUUGAAUGCCAACUCAGCCACAAAAGACCUUGACUAUGAGGAAUUUGAGGAGGAACUGAUCUUCUUUGAAGGAGAGACUGAAGUAACAUUUCAGGUGAAAUUGUUUGAUGAUACUGAGGCUGAACCAGCUGAGGUGUUCUUUGUUUACCUUGUACCACCAUCUACAGGUGCAAGAAUUGCUCAAGGAGAAUCGGAUAAUGGAGAACAGGGCUUUACACGGAUAACCAUCGCUGGUAGUGAUGACCACAAUGGUGAAAUAGGUUUUGACACUGGUUCCAUGUACACAACUGUAGAUGAGGAUGUAGCGCCCUCCAUUGUUCUUUACCUAAACAGAGGUUCUGCAUUCUUUGACAACGUGACAGUAAACUGGCAAGCUGCCCGCAGUAUGGAUACGUCAACAAAUGAUGAUUCUUUAGUAGAUCAGCUUGUAGCAACUGAAGGUCAAAUAAUUUGCAUAGCAGGUCAACCCCAGUGUGAACUACAAAUCACAUUACAAGAUGAUACUGAACCAGAGUUUUCCAGCUCUUUCCUUGUGGAAUUGCUCUCAGUUGGGCAAGGGGCUGUGAUCCAGGAAAGUGCACGAUAUGCAAACAUUACAAUGCUAGAGAGUGACUAUCCAUAUGGAAUCUUCAGGUUCUCUACAGAAACAAGAAUACAAUCAGCAUACUACAAAUCAAACCUCAUAGGCCUGACAGUACUAAGAGGGGGUGGCAGUACCAAGGAGGUGACAAUAGGCUGGAGUACUAGGCAGCUAACAGACUCCCUGGAGUGGGGUGGUGUUAACACUCAGCCCGCCAUUGAAUAUGCUGAUUAUGCACCUGACGAAGGUGUCAUCCCCUUUGCUGUUGGACAGAGGAGUGCAUCAAUUGACAUUACUAUCUUGUCCUCGACACCCACAUCUUCAGAUCUUUGGCCAAAGCUCUUCCAAGUUGUUCUGUCUAAUCCAACAGGUGGAGCAAGUGUUGAUGAAGAGGAGAGAACUGCAUACAUAACACUUGUAGAAGACGAGAGCACUAAUGAUGUAUGGGACACCUGGAAACAGGCUCUCACAGAUCUAUCUGAUGAAGGUAUUUACAGAAUACUGCAGUCUGUAAGGAAUCAAAUUCAGGAUGAGUUGACAGAUGAACAACUGGCUGUAACUACCGAAACUUUAAAUAAUGUCAUCGGAGAGGGUCAACGAAGAUUGUUGCCAGGUAAUCUCCAAGAAGAUAUGAUGGAUGUGUAUUGUGAGCUGAUGGAUCCAGACAGGUCAGAUACCAGAGGAGCAUAUGGAUUGGCUGAAUCUUUCACCUCAUUUACAUACACAUUGCUAACAGAUGCAAGCUGUGAGACAAUUGAUCCUAUGGUCUUGAACACUUGCCCUCUUGCAUAUGUUGAAGCUGCUCGAUGGCUGCCUGACAGAAUUAAUGGGCAUUCAUUUAAUGGAAGAGGGAAGAAUGUAUUCUCUCUACCAAGUAACUUACUCAUUGAAGAUAACUCCGUUGGGAGAGGAGACGUUCCAACAAGCCAGUGUGAAGAUAUUCAUUUUAUUGAGUAUAGCUCCCAGCAAUGGUUUUAUGGACUUACAGAGCCUGAUGUGUAUAAGAGACAGGUUUUGUCAGUAGCAAUUAGAGGACGUGAAGAUGAUUUUAGUAAUCUGGUAGAACAAGUUAAAUACCGUGUGUACACUCAAGAUGCUCGCGUAACACCACUCGGGGCUGAGUGUGUCAUCUUCAAUGGGCCCUCAGAACGAUGGUUGUCAACUUUCUGCGAAGCAAACAAAAUUGAAACCGGUUAUGUUGAGUGCCAGUGUAACCAUCUAUCGGAGUUUGCAGUCUUAGCAGAAACAGAUGAUCUGGUUGGCUACAACAUCUACAUUUAUGUCUCAUGUUUCAUUACCAUCAUCUGCCUCCUGAUGGCGCUGUUGGCUCACCAUGUCUGCUCAGUACACACAAUGUUUGCUGCUAAGCUGCUCAUGCAUCUUAUAUUUUCUGUCAUGGCAACAGAGAUUGUGUUUAUGAUUUCUGCCUACAUCAGCAAUGAUGUGUCAUCGGAAUCAUGUGCAGCCUUGGGUGCCAUCUUGCAUUACUUCUUCCUCGCCCAGUUCAUAUGGAUGCUUGUGCAGUCAACAAAUUUAUGGAAGAUACUUGUGUUGAAUGAUGAGCAUACAGAUCGGUUCUAUGUUUUAUUUUUUGUUCUUGGAUGGGGUACACCAGCUGUUAUAGUUGUUGCAUACAUCAUAAUAACUUACUCAGUGUUUGAAUGGCCAUUCCAUCAAGAAAGCUUACUCAUCAAUUUAACCAAUCCUGAGGUUGUUUAUGGAGAUGUUCAUGGAAAUGGUGAUAUUUGUUUCAUGCCAAAUGUCAAUGCAAUGCUUGCAAGUGCUGUUGGCCCAGUAGUAAUUUGCAUAAUGGCUGUGGUGACGGUGUUCAUUCAGGCGUAUCUCGUAAAACCUCAGUGGAAGCGAUACGAUGACCUUUACAUGGGAAGCUAUAAUACAACAGAAAUUCGCCUGCUACUGAUUUUCUGGACAUUGUUGAUUUUCACCUGGCUGUUUGGCGGUCUUCACAUGUACUACAGUAAACAGUGGAUGCUUAUUCUUCUUGUUCUCUUCAACGUAAUCAUGGGACUGUUCGUAUUCCUGAUCUACACGGUUUUACGGAAUCAGCUUUGCCGGCCCUCUAAAGGCAACUACUCACCCAACUAUGUCUAUGAUAACUCAGUCACGCUCCUGGAGAACCAUCAGUUUGAUAGAACAGCAACUGCCUUGAGUAUGGACAAGGAAUCCAGAACAUCUCUUUCAAAAGCAGAUCAGGCUAGAUUAGCCAUGUUAGCACAUGAAGAUGUACGGCCAUCUUCCUCCAUCUCUCAAAUUUCCCACCCAUCACAAAAGUUGGAAUGGGAUGUCCAGUCUGUUGGCCACCAGAGCCAUCAUAGUGUACGAAGUCACCAAAGCCAACGAAGCAAACGGCCAUCAAUUCAGAAUGGGAACCUAUAUGCACCCACACCAUUCAACCAGAAUCCAGUGCCGCCUGUCGAGGUGAACCCAACGCCUUCCUUCCAUCAAAAUCCUGUGUUCCCACUACAAGUUGAUGAUAGGGACGAAACAGACUCGCAAGAUUUUGAUGAUUUAAUUUUUGCCCUAAAGACCGGUGGCACCUACAGUCCUAACAUAGAUGAUGGACUCUCCGAACAUCGGUCCACGUCACGCCUUAGUGACUGGCGCAAUGUAUCUCGUGACUCUGUUCCUAAUAGCAAACCGAAUGACCCCGAUGACCCCUAUGGUUUGCAAAGAAUUUCUAUUGCUGAUACCCACCUUUAAUUCUUAACCUAACGCCUCAAUUAUUUUUUCAAAUAUAGAUUAUGUAAAUGUUUAAUUUGUAUGAUAAAUGAAUCACGUCUAUUGUUUUCUAAUAUGUGACUUUUCCCAAUUAAUAAUCUUUUUUAAAAUUGUAAUUAUAUAUUCAGUUUAAUGCUAUUUGUAUUAAUGCCUGCUUGCAGUUCAUAUCAUUUUCUAUACCACACAUUUGUAAUACUUAACAAUUGGGUUAUUUUAAUUACAUUGAGAUUUUGAAAACAAAUAUCAGUUUUAUUAAGGGCGCUUGUGCUAUUAUAACAUGGUGUUUUAUGAUAUGUGGCGUUUCCUACUUCAUGAUCUCGAAAUACGUUUGAAAGCAUUGUUGAUCAAUGUGUUACUUUAUUUUACAUUUUAUAUUAAUAAUUUCACAAUAUUUUAACUCAAGAAACUAUUAUGGUGUGCAUGGAGUUUUAAGUACAAAUAGUAUGAGUGUCACAAACAAAUGUACAAGGUCAUCUUUUUCUAUGUUUUGCUUAUAUUUAAGUAUUACCAAGAUUAAUGUAUAAUACAAAGAGACAAAAUAUAUACAGUGCAAGUUACCAUAAAUUCUAAUUAGUAUGUGUAUUUUAAAUGAGGUAAUUAUCCAAUCAGGAAAGAAGUUAUGGAAAACGUUAAGGAAUAGGUUCCAUUAUAAACCUUUGAUUUUUGUAAUUUUGUCUUUAAAUCCCUGUACACACUUUCAAAUUUUAUUUGACAAAAACAUGUGAGAUGCCUAAAUAUGGUCAUGAUGACAUCACAUCAUGACUAUAUAUAGGCACAUCAUGACCAUAUAUAGGCACAUCAUGACUAUAUAUGGGCAUACAACAGUUUUUUUGUAAAAUAAAAUUUGAUAUUCUGUACCGGGCUUUACAUAGCGUAUAAUUUGCAAGUAUUUGUAUCAAUGCAACUUUAACAGAUAUUUUACCUGCACUUGAGUUUAAAAUCCAAAUUAAUAUGUAAGUAAAUUAACAAUAUCUUACAUUUUGAGGUACAUAUUUGUAUAAUAGGAAAUAUAUUAUUGGUAUUUUUUUUAUAGGUGUGUAGAAUAUUUUAGGUAAGGAGCAUGCAAAUAAGAGGAUUUUAAAGAAAAAAAAUACUUUUUAUUUGUAUAUAUAUUCAUAGCUAAUAUUGUGGUAUUUAAAACACUUGUCAUUAAUACAUAAACAUAAGAUAAAACUCUAUAUUAUCAGUACAAUGAGUGGCAUACAAUUUCACUUAAUUGAAGCCUGAGUUUUAAACAUCAUUCACACAAAUAUACAAAAUAUUUGUAAUAUUUUCAUAUAAGGUAAUUAAGAAUAAAUCAAUUACAUUCCUGGGAUUUUAUUCAAAUUUUUAAAGGUGAAAUUAUUGUUGAUAAAUCCAGUCUGUAUAAUCAUGUUUCAAUGAUAUUUACUGCUAUAUUUCAAAUACUUAACCGUCCAAUAACACAAUAUUAAUAACAAUAACAAUAAUGACAUUGAUAAUUUAUAUGUAUGUAAAACAACAUAUGUUAUUGAUGGUAUCCUUUAUAAAUACACCAUUGAAUUGAGACAAAGUUGUUUAAGUCUUCCUGACUUAAGUGUGUUAUAAGAUAGUGUGUUAUUACGUUUUCUCCUGUAAAGUGUUAUUUCUGCCUUAAAAUCGACUAAACCGUCCAUUGUAGUGCAAUCCUGUCCAAGCACUGAAAUUGAACUAUUUAUAAAAGAAUUUUUUAAACUUGUCAUUCCUUGGAAUAAUGAUGUGUAAUACUUAAAGACCGUCCUUGAAAGUGUUAUGUUCUAAUUUUUAAAAAGACAAAAACAGUACCAUACAUAAUUUGUAUGAUUUAAAUAGGAUUUUAAUGUAUUAUAAUUAAAAUAAAUUUAUAAUGGUAAAUUAAUCAUGAUAAUAAUAACAUGGAUUUAUAUACAGCCAUUUAUAGUUACAUACAUCGAGCCACCAUUGAAGCAACGUAUCACUAUCUAAUAUCGAUUGCUCCAAAGUUUUAAAGUAUGGCAGUUGUUAAAGUGUACAACACUUUAUAAAAACCUUCUCAAACAAUAGUUUUUGGUUUACAGGUAGAGCUUUAAUUCUGAUAAAUAUAACAUCCAUUUUUAUACAUUCCCGUAGUAAAGUAUUUUAGAUGUACAUGUAGCAGAUGAUAACUUAAGGUGUUCCGUUAUUUGUAUUAGUUUUACUUCUGCAUUUUUAUCACCUUGAUCUUUCAAAUUUCCAUUUAUACCAAACAAACAAUGAUUAAAACAGUUUAUUUUAGAUCAAAUUAGAUUUUGAGUCAAGUAAAGAUAAAGAUUCUCGUAAUAACUAUAGUAUUAUAUUCUUGCAUUUUUUUUUCUAGUCCCCAGUUUUAUUUUUCGUGUGUUGUUCUGUGUGUCCGCAUUCAGUAUCUAGCUUUGUAAUUUGAUUUUGAAUUUGAAAUAAACUUUACAUUUUAUCUAAAA